CGCCACACGCCUAACAAACACAAGAUCAUUCAAUGUGUCUGUGGAUAUGCUCCAGAGGUUAACAUGUGGUUAAUAUGAGUUUCAAGACGGAUAGGUAUUUCCUUGACACAUGACAUAGGGCUUAAAUGUGGUUCACUUUUAUUCUGGAAAUCCUUUAAUCCAAGCUCUGUGUGCUUACAUUUUUGUAUUUAAUAAUGACGAUAUUCUGUGGUAAACAUUGUUUUGCUUUGUUACAGCUGUUGUGUACUUUGGAUGAAGCUGUUGCCUCUUUCUGUCAGUAUGAUAGUGAUGGAUGGACGAUAAAUAAAGGGGAUCAAAGAGGCUUUUGGCACCGUGUCAUUAGUCCGACUACAGCUCUCCUCGGCCCCCGGCGCUCUGCAUACCUUUGCGGGCUGGGCAGAGCCGAGGAGUGUCCCUCUGGCUGCGGGGGGUGUGUACUUUUUACUGUAUUUAAGCACCGGCUGCUAACACAUUGUGCGGAUAAAGAUUUUGACUGCAGAUUCAGCAUGGCAACCAACAAGAAGGCACCUCUUGGCUCCAUCGAGAACCCGAUCAAGUUCAUGGAUCAGGACUUCAAGUCUCUGCUGGAAGAGUGUCUGAAGUCCGGAGAGAUGUUCGCUGACCCGACCUUCCUGGCGGAGCAGAAGUCCAUCGGUUUACCGGAAGAUGCGGAUCCAAAGAAGGCGAUCAAGUGGCAGCGACCCAAGGAAAUCAGUAAGAAUGCUGUGUUUGUGGAGGGCACGACUGGGACCACUGACAUCUGUCAGGGCCAACUGGGUAACUGUUGGCUGCUGGCGUCGCUGUCCUGUCUCACCAUGCACCCCAAACUCUUUGUGAAGGUGGUGCCGCCCAACCAAAGCCUAUCCAAGCCUUACGCAGGGAUCUUCCAUUUUAGGUUCUGGCAGUAUGGUGAGUGGGUGGAGGUGGUUGUGGACGACAGGCUGCCAGUGCGUGAAGGCCGUCUGCUCUUCAGCUACUCUCACACCCGUAAUGAGUAUUGGAGCGCCCUGGUGGAGAAGGCCUACGCCAAGUUAGUCGGAUCAUACGGAAGCCUGAAGGGGGGCAACAUCUCAGAGGGGAUGGAGGACUUUACAGGAGGCAUCGCAUACUCGCUGCAGGUCUCAUCCCGCACCCCUCAAGUCCUCUGGAGGUCUCUGACAGCCGCCCUGUCUCGAGGCAGCCUGCUCAGCUGCUUCAUCCAGGCUAGCAGCUACCUUGAGAUCGGUAAAGUGACAGGAAACGGGCUGAUAAAAGGUCACGCAUACGCCAUCACCGACACCGACAAGGUGAUGAAAGCGUCCAAUGAGAUUUUGUUGCUGAGGCUGAGGAACCCUUGGGGUUUUAUCGAGUAUCGCGGACCCUGGAGUGACAAGAGUAAGGAGUGGGAUGACGUGGUCAAAGAGGAGAAAGAAAGGAUUGAGCUGAAGAAGAAAGAAGAUGGAGAGUUCUGGAUCAGUGUCGAGGACUUCCACAACCUGUUUGACAUCGUGGAGCUCUGCAGUCUGAAUCCUGACAAUCUUGAGGAGGGAAUCACAGCCUCCCCUUCCUCUCCUGCCUCCCCGUCUGUCUGGAACAUCACUGAACAUGAAGGAUUCUGGGUAACGGGAAGUACUGCUGGUGGCAGCCGCAGAUACAACCGAUCCUUCUGGAAAAAUCCUCAGUACCAGUUGGUUCUGACGGAGCAGGACCAGCCACAGUUGGAGGAUGAUGAUGAUGAGGAAGAUGAAGAUGACGACGAUGAUGAGCCGAUGACCGCAGAGGAGAAGCAGAGAGCAGAGAAACAGAAGCAGAAAGCCAAAAAGUGCACCGUGCUGGUGGAGAUGCUGCAGAAAGACCGCAGGCAGAAGAAUAAACUCAGCUUCCGCCACAUUGCUUUCCACAUCUAUCAGGUUCCAACUGAGCUCCAGGGUGCGUGUUUGAGCCGCCACUUCUUCAUGACCACUCGCCCCGUGGGUCGCUCUGGAAAAUAUGUGGCUCAGAGGGGAACGUGGAGGAAGCUGCAUCUGGACCCGGGGAACUACAUCAUCGUGCCGUCCACCUACCGACCCAACCAGCCCGGAGAGUUCUAUGUCCGCAUUUUCGCCAAGACCGGAAACACUUUGGGGACUCAGGACUUCACCUGCUCCUCUGGGUUCCUCCCGGUAAUGGCUACCCCAGUCUCUCCAGAGGAUCAAUUGAAAGUUCUGAAGACUUUUGAUGAGGAUGCCGGCCCUGAUGACAGACUGAAUGCCAAGGAGCUCAUGAAGCUGUUCAACACAGCUCUUGAGAAAGAUUACCAUCUGCCACUGGAGACAUGCCGACAGCUCAUCUUUGGAGAGGAUACUAAAGGGCGCUCCAGUCUCACCCGUAAACAAACAGAAACCCUGCUGUCCAGUCUGCGACAUCUGCAGUCCAUCUUUUUCCAGUUUGAUGAGGACUCUUCUGGGACCAUGAGCCCCUUUGAACUCAGCACAGCGCUGCAAGCUGUUGGAAUGCAGUGUGAUAGCAAGGUGGUUGAGCUGCUGUCUGAGCGCUUUGCAUCAGGAGAACUUCACAUGCCCUUCCACAGCUAUGUGUCAUGUGUCACCAGGAUGCAGAAGCUUUUUGCGCUGUAUGAAUCAGAAACCAGUCAGGAGGUGAAAGACAGAGGGAUCAACUCUUGGCUGCUUCAGUUCCUGACAGUGUGAAGACGCUUUGUGAUGAGGGUCUCUAUCUUACACCCAGCUGAACACAGCAUGCCGUUGAUUAUUAAACAACGAAGACAAAUAUAAAGUGUAUUUAAAACCUUAUUCCAAAGCAACAGCGGUGGCUCAGUUCACGCGUUGCUCAGCCAUUGUUUUAUUCUUUAUGAUUCAUGUACCUUUCGUUAUACUUAUGGAUAUGGCCUGAUAUAGGUUAAAGGUCAGCUUCAUUGUCAUGAUACAAUACAGGAUUGCACAUUCAAAUGCAGUUGCAGCCCAGAACACUACCCACACAGGAAAGGUAAGGAUUUGAAUAAAUAGAGGUAUAAUAAUUGAAUAUUAAUCAAUAAUAUAACAACUUUAAUAUAUAAAGUAUACAAAAUGUACGAGGAAGAUGCCCUUACACAUACACAUAAACACAAUGUAUACAAUAUAAUAUGCAGAGUAUGCAUGAGUAUCAUUUAAUUGUUAUGUAAUACAAUUAUAUUACUUCACAUUGUAAUGAAAUCGAUUUCAUCAUUAAAGAUGUGUUUAAAGGUG